CAGCGGCGGAGGGCGCCAUGGUGGGUGGCGAGGCGGCAGCAGCCGUGGAGGAGCUGGUUUCGGGUGUGCGGCAGGCGACCGACUUCGCUGAGCAGUUCCGCUCCUACUCGGAGAGCGAGAAGCAAUGGAAGGCCCGCAUGGAAUUCAUCCUGCGCCACCUGCCCGACUACCGCGACCCGCCAGACGGCGGCGGCCGCCUGGACCAGCUGCUAUCCCUCUCCAUGGUCUGGGCCAACCACCUCUUCCUGGGUUGCAGUUACAACAAAGACCUUUUAGACAAGGUGAUGGAAAUGGCUGAUGGGAUUGAAGUGGAAGACCUGCCACAAUUUACUACCAGAAGUGAAUUAAUGAAAAAGAAAUAGAAGAAGCCAGAAAAGCUCUGUCUGACCCCACAGGCCAGUCUGUUGCCUGGUGCCCAGGCUGAGUGAAUCACCUGCCAGCACCUUGAGUCAAAGACCAUACUUGCAGCAGCCAAAGCCAGUGGCAACUCUUCUGCUAUAGCCUUGGUCUAUCCUAUUGGAAAUUUGAGAGAUGGCUUAGGGGAUUCUCUUUCCUUUUGGACUAAAGAUGGUUUCUUUAGGUGAUACUGCAUUCUCCUAAAAAGACAAAGCCCUCUUAUAUUUUGCUUUUGCUGAGGAAUUUCGCUUCUUCACUUCUCAAAGACUGGAGUGACAGGCUUAAGCUAGGAAAUAGGUCAUACCUUGAAAACUCUGCUUACUAAAAAGUGUCUCAGACUGAUUCACUUGCACUGCUAAAU